AUGAGAGGCGCGUCCGCCAGCGCGACGCGCGCUCAAUGGGCCGGCUACGAAGCGCCUGACGAAAAGGAGGACGAGUGGCCUAUCGUCUCUUUACCCUCGGAGAUGAUCCACGAGUACGGUUCACGACGCGUCUUUGACUUCUCCCUGGACGCUGACCGUGCGAUACUCGGCUUCCGGCCUCUGCCUCGGGAGGAAGCUGACUCACUCUCUGAAGAGAUGGAGGGCGUGAUCGGUCGCCUGGCCAACCCCGAGCGUUUGAGCAAGGAGACCUUAAGUUUCUUCUCCAGAACCAGCGAGCUUCACACGUAUGACAGCAUCGAGUCUAUGAGUCUUCCAGCCAGCUCGCCUUCACCGCCGGACACGCCUUUACCAGGCACACCGUCACGGACGCGCGCCGCUACCCCAAACCUCGCCAAUGACCUCUUCGCGGCGUACAUGUACGACUCGCCGGUGGUAGAGAAGACGAUCAAGUCUACUGACAUGGCCCGCCACACCCAUCCUCUCACUCCACCUUCCUUCCCUACCUCCAUUCCCAAACUCUCUCAGGCCUCCAGCCUAUACUCAAGUCCUGUUGCCCACGAUCUCCCCUUGACUCCUUCCUCCCCCACGUCUCUGACUCUGGGGGAGCUGCUAUCACAUGUCGCCUCUGAGGAGGACUCGUCGCAACCCCCGUCUGAAGUCGAGAUAUCUUCCCAGGCGAAUGUGGCUGAGAUCUAUCACGAGCUCGCUCCCGAAGCACUGCCGCAUUCGCCGAAUCCAGACACCGGAGCGUCCACUUUGUCAGACUGCGACUCUCCUACAUGGGAGGGGACCCCCACCAAACCGUCGCUCGCAUCCAAGAGUUAUGAUUCACCCAGGGCUCCACCAUCGACAACUGAGGCGGUCCCCCAAUCGGCCACUGAAGCUGGCUCGCUGGAUGCCACCGACGAUGGCGUGCCCCCAAGCUCCAAUAACGUCUCCCGCCAGGCUUCCUCAGAAGUGUCCCGAGCUUCAAGACUAGCCCAUGAAUCUCCGGUCUGGUCGCAGACCGACUCGUCGCCAGGAAGAUCUGCACUCGGUGCCGACGCCACCCAGAACGCUGAACCUAAUCCCACCGACCACAUGUCGACGCCUCUCUCGGAUCCCUCUACGGAGGACAUCGCCAACACUCUAGUGGUGGUCACCAGCCCAGCUUCUGUCGUCAAAACACUUUCGCCUGGGAAGUCGGAAUCUGUCUGGCCAGAUAUCAAUGGCACCGCAGAGAGCAUCCUGUCAGAGGAUCAGGAGUUCUCCGACGUCGAAGCCAUGGCAGGUGAGACACAGUCUUCCUCGGCCCUGGCUCGCUCGCAAAGCGAAGUGUCCGUUCCAUCUACGACUCUGCCUGAGGCCGACGGCAUCACUGACGAACCUGUCACUCCCGUCGCUGUUGCAGAUGAUGCCCUGGACACUCGCGACAACCAUGACAUUAUGUCCGCGGCGUCGCCCGCGGAAGAGAACUUGUCGACAGAGUCCUCUUCGAAAGAUGAGCUCGGCGCCAACAUGGUAUCCAGUGCCGCGUUUGCUGCGCCGGCGCCACACGAGGCUGAAGCGGGGUUACCCCUCUACGCCACCACUGAUGCCGCCGACGGGACCUGUUUCGACAGCCACACCGCUCAUACGCCCGGCAGCCCCCGAACCUCGUUGGAGCAGAGUCAAUCGAUACCUCAUGAUCGCGCAGACCUUACCCCACUCCCUGUUCAACACGCGAUUGAGAACGAGGAGGUUUCCGGGGACUCACUCCGUCGUCACAGCGACGAUAGAGUUGGUAUGUCUGCCCACAUGCCUCCCAUAGAGGCGGCCGCUUGGUCUCAGCCUGUCCUGGACGAGGGCUCUGACCAACCGCAAGAGGUAGAACUCGCGGACACCUCUCCACAACCGGUACCCUCUUCACCACCCUCCACUACGACCGAUGUCGAGCCACCACAGACCUCUUCGCGGGAAGAGUGGACAGUUCCCCAGGUCCUGAUCGACAUAUCCGAUGAUAGCGGAGGUGGUCCCGUUUCCGACGAGAGUGGCGAACCAGCCUGCGGUGACAGAGCACUGAGUCUCCACCGCUCAGUCAAGGACGCCGAUAGCGACCGCGUAAUCCCCACCCAAAGGUGUGCACAACCGGUCGUUCCUCUUCCAGCCGAUAGUCCCCGCUCUUCGCGGCGCCGUAGCGUGACCUCCUUUCAAGCCAACUGCCACGCCCCUACCCCGGCAAGCUCUGAGGCUUCGAGACCCUCUCCUGUCGACGCUGGCUGCCGUAUAGACGACUCAGCUGCUACAGCUAUCCCCGGCCCCAUUACGAGUGAGGACUCUCAGUCCGUUACGUCGAAUGUGGACAACAAUUCGUCGGAUCCUCCAACUGACUUCAAUAUCAGGACGCCACUGUCUGCAGCCAACUCCUCAUCAGCCUUGUCCCCACCCGGUCCCAAAUCUGUGCGCAUGGCACCUGAGGUGGAAGGCAGUCCCGACUCAGCUUUGUCGCACGUCAUUGAACCAGUGGUUCCUGCCAGAAACGAGUCAGCGCCCAGCGAACCAUCAUCACCUGUCCCAUCGGCCGCCGAGACUCCCCGCUCAAUCGACUCGCCUGAACCAGGAGUAUGGGUGCCGUCUGUCCCGAUGGAGCGCCUCCUGAACUACAAGGACAACAACGUUCGCCACUCUCUGUCGGACGCACCCAGCAGUCCGACCCCCUCAGAACUUUACACGCAGGCGUCGUCACAGGGCGGCUGGGCUGGCCGGGCUCUCCAGUUCCAAUCCCAGGGUCUUCACCUCCCCCCAAAGCAGCAACCCAACGACUUGUCGCGACAGCCGGGUCCCACCGUCCCCAGGCCUAAGGCUUUCAACCGUGGAGACCCAGAGUACGCUCUCCGCAAGCCAGCCAAUUCGGUAUUCCAACAACUCGCAUUCGCCAUGCCCGGCUCAUCACGCCUGGUCUCAAACAUUUCGGCUAUACGGCACACGGUUGAUACCCUGGCCGACCCCGAUUCCCCACUCUCAUCUUACCAACCAACAUACUCAGAGAAGUGGUACUCGCUCACAUCACCACAACCGCCUCAGCGGCACUCCCUUGGGAUCGAGAUUAAUGAAUGUACGCUCUCCCAACCAGCCAGUCCCGCACCAGAGGUGACCGAAAGUCUGGCAGUUGGCGGAGGAGAUGCCACAGAGGAAGCGGAGGCUGACAGUCCCGUUCUAACAUUGGACACGCAGGCCAGUUCCAAGGGUUAUCCUAUCCGGGGUAAGCGCGGCAAGUUCACCAACGUCUCAAAGCGUAAGAGGGCGGCAACGACCAGCGAUGUCCCUCUUCUCAUCAAGGAAGGGCAGGAGGUGUCCGAGAUGCCGGAGGGGACUGAAGAGCUCGAUGGUGUUGAACUGGUGGUUGCAAGUCCUCCGUCGAAGCCGGAGCUGGAGCAACACGGAGAGCACGUUGAUCCCAGCAUCCCGAUUUCAAGCCGGUCCACAAGGUCAUCGCAGGGCAAGCGCAAACUGUGGUCCCAAAAGCUCGAAGGUCUACCACCCAGUGGCCGUGCUAAGACGUUGUCCGAGGCCACAGCUUCGAAAGCUGGGUCACAAGCCCUCAUGGGGAAGAACAGGAACGCCCGUACCCGACUGCAGACAGCCGCUACAUCCGCCAACCCAGACCCCGACGAGGAGAUGGCAACCGCAGCCCACUUUGCGGAUGAAGACACCACCAAAGAAGUCGCACCAACGGCCCAGUUGAGGGUUCAGGAAAAGUCCAUUACCACCAACCGGCUUUGGUCGGAGGAGGAGAUUCAGUUCUGUGCCGAUUUCUGGUUUAAAUCCCAGGCCAACAACCCCGAACAGAACCCAGGCCAGGGGGCUGGAUUACUCUGCGUUGAGGCUAUGAAGCAGGCAGGCUACACGCGGAGUUUAAAAGGCGUGCUUUCGCGAUUCGCGCGGUUCGCGCGGGAAACGCCUGGAACCUCUGGGCACGAACACUCGACUGUUCUUGGCGACGAUCUGGCGCCGGCGACCAUGUCGUACAACAAUAACAUCUUCGGCGCGCACGCGCAGCCGCAGCAGCAGCUGUACCCCGCUCUGCCACAGCAGCCGCACACACACACCUUCCCUCACCUCCACAACCCGUUCCAGCAUGCGCCAACGCACCCUCCCACGACACCAGGAGCGCCUAUGGUGCCGCUUGGCGCGACUGGCUCCUUGGCAGCGCCUGGACAAGCAGGGCCAGUCGCCGCCCCGCCCCCCUUCGGAACGGGGAGUGCGCAGACAGUCCCGUACGGCGGUGGCGGAUACACCGAUAGCGCAUACAGGCAGCCGUACGGUUUCAGCUACACUGUCACGGCGAGCCGGGUGCAGGCGCCCCAGGCAAUCGAAGAACCUGCAAAGGACGAGGACGCAGUGUAUGGUCCCCUUGGACGGGCGCGGGGCAAGAUUGAUCGCGCGAUGGUGUCAGACAACGAGAUCUCACUCGACCUCGUUGACAAACUUGCGCAGCCAACCAGCGACCUCUAUGUUCCUCCUCCUUCAACCUCCUCCGCGUUCAACAAUGCGAAGCUCGUCAAGAACGUCCCCCUGCCUGACGCGCUGCACCAGGAGCUUCAAUACAAGCACACGACCGCGAACAUGGGUCUGUUCGAGGAGAUUGAGCGCGCAUGGUUUACAGUCGACAACAAACUGUUCCUGUGGGACUACACCGACGGGCGCGACUUCAGCCGCUACGACCAACAGGACACGACCAUCCACGCGGUGGGCAUUGUGCGCGCGCGUAAGGACGUGUUUGUGGACGACAUCCAUUAUCUUCUCGUCAUCUGCACGGCGUCCAAGGCUACCCUACUCGGUCUGUCGCGCUCUCCCAAGGGCGAGCUGUCGCUGUACGCAACCAACAUGUCGGUCGAGCUGCCGACGACCAUGACGUGCAUCCGCGGCAUCGACUCUGGGCGCAUCUUCCUUCUUGGCGUCAACAAGGACAUUUAUGAGCUGGAGUACUCGAUAAGCAGCGGUUGGCUGAGCAGCGGCUCCAAAAUCUGGCUCACCAACCGCUCUAGCGGCUACCUGAGCACAUGGGUGCCGAGUGUACUGCAGGGCGCGAACCGCGAGGGUGUCGAGAGCUUCGUCGUCGAUCCGCAACAGGGCAGGCUGUAUGCGCUGCACACGAAGGGCCAGAUUGAGUGGAUUGACGUCUCCGGCAACAAGUUCGAGUCACGGUCGCGGUUUAACAUCCUGCGUGAGCACUUUAUGCGCGCGCGCCUCACUGGGGCGCUGGGGAAAGACGGCGCAGAGGUCGUGGCGAUCGCACCCGUGCCAGCGAACGAGAGCAAGAAGGCGGUGGUCGUGGCGAUCGCCGCGAGCGGUGCGCGGGCAUACCUCGGUACUUCUGGAUAUUAUUUUGGCGGCGCCGGCGGCGCGUUCCAGAUCAUCGCGACGCGUCCUCCCCCACCAGACGUUACCAAAGUCCUUCCUCCGUCGUUCUACUCGUCCGGCACCUUGCUCUCGGUCCAGUCCAACACUGGGGCGGCUACUGCAUCGUCCAUCGUCACCUUCACCACGCCAGCGGUUGGUCGGCAGUCGGCUAUGCGGGAGAACUACGACAACUACCAAGCGCCUGCGCUGCAAGAGUGGUUCUCGAAUAUCUUGAUUCCUGCGUCGGUCUGGACAAUCGCCGAGGUUGCAUCCACAAACCCGAUACGCGCGUCCGCUGCACUUAGAAGAGACGACGGCAUCGAUCUUUCCGAGCUUGCGCGCGAGGCGACCAUCGGCGCGCGCCAGUUCCUCGUCCUCACGAACUCAGGCCUCUUCCGGAUCGAGCAGUCCCGACCCAUAGACAUGCUGGAGGACGACCUCGAGCUGGAGAAGGAGCAGGCGGUCAACGUGUCUCGCGAGGCCUUCGGCCGCGUGCAGCUCUCUGCGAUGGCUGUGCUCAUGGGCACGUCGGGCCAGAAGCGGCAGAUUGCCGACAUUGUGUCGGCUGCUGUGAACAUCCUCAUUGUUGCCGAGCCACCCAUCCUCCAGACCUCCACCACUGGCACUCGAUCCAUCAUUUACUCGCCCCGCCACGACGGUCUCGCUGCGACGCUGGCACGCUUCCUCCGGCCGAUCUGGAAGGCAAAGGUCGUUGCGGCUGCCGCCGGUCCUGUGCGCUUCAAGCUCGGCGUGAGCGACAAGGAGCUGCUGGCCGUCCAGAGCAACCUUGGAGACUUGCACCGUUUCCUCGAGAACCACCCCUUCCCGCGACACCAGGCAGAAGGUGACGGCAAGCGUGCAUGGGACGUUGAGGAGGCGUCGACUGAAGGUCUCAAGCUGCUCCUCAAGCAGGCGAUCGAGGCGAUCUCGUUCGUCCUCCUCCUCGCCGACUACAAGUUGCCAGACGUCAUUGCGAAGUGCGACCCAGCGACGCAGGGGACGCUCACGAGCCUCUCGUUCGAGGGCCUCCUGACCAGCCAGGGCGGGCGUGACGUUGCCCGCGCUCUCGUCACCGCCUUGAUCGAGCUGCAGAUUGGUCAGGAAUUGGGCAUCGACAACCUCAGCGCGAUCCUCCAGCAGCGCUGCGGCACGUUCGUGCAACCUGGCGAUGUCGUGCUAUACAAGGCGGAGGAAAGUCUGCGGCGUGCCGAGAGCACACGCGACGCGGUCGAGCGGGCGGAGAACAUUGCCGAGUCACUCCGACUUUUCAACCGCGCAGCAGGCAGCGCUCCUCGCAGCGUGUACCCCCGCCUGCCCGACGCGACCCGGAGGUACCGUGCACUCAACGACGUGCGCGGCACGAUCGAGCUUCCGCUCCGCGUCGCGACCGAGCUCGACCCACAGGACAAGGCUGGCGACUACGUGCGCGACGGGCGCAACCCAGGCGACCCCCGCAUCGGCUUCCUCGAGGAACGGCAGGAAUGCUACAAGCUCGUCGUCGAAGUUCUCGGCAGCUACGACGAAGCACUGAACAAGGCGGCGGCCGCGGGGCCUGUACAGGCCGCGGGCGCUGUUCGCAUCCGCGACGAGGCGUACGGGCUCGCGAUCAGCUCGGAUGACGAGCUCUUCCACUUCUAUCUGUACGACUGGAUCUCGGCACUUGGCCGUGCGGACCAGCUUCUUGACUUCGAGACACCCUUCAUCGAGGCCUACCUUCGCGCUACGACGUCGAACGUUCCGGGCCGCCGCGACUUGUUGUGGAAGUACUACGCGCGGCGCGAGGAGUUCUUGCCCGCGGCCAAGGCGUUGGCGGACAUGGCUUCGCGCCCGUCCGACAUGUCGUUACAGGACCGCGUGUACUACCUCGCGCAGGCAGUCACGAACGCCAAGAGCGCUGCUUCGCUGGGCGCUGACGACGUUGAGUUCACGACUGGCCUCCAAGAACGCAUCGACGUCGCGCACGUUCAACUGGAGGUCGUGCGCGCGGUCGAGGGACACGACGACAUGAGCCCAGCCGAGAGGGGAGACGCGCUCGCCGCACUCAACGAGGACCUGUUGUCCCUCGAUGACCUGUACCAGAACUUUGCCCGUCCGCUGCGGCUGUACGAGGCGAUCCUGCUAAUCCUGCGCACCUCCGACACGCGCGUCGAGGACGUUGUCGCUGCCGUGUGGACCGAGCUCCUCAAAAACCCACAUCCUGCCGAGGUUGUCACCGACCUGUGCCGCAAGUUCUACCCGUCCGAGGGCGCGCCACCCGACAUCGUCCUCCCCAUCGUGUACGGGUACGCUUCCGAGGUCGGCGGCGAGCCUGGCUGGGCCACGCGUGCUCUCCUCGCCGGUGGCGUUACUUCCCGCGACGUGUGGGACUCCGUGCUCGCACUGUAUGACGAGAGCCCGUCCGAGUUCUACGCCGAGGAGGCCGCGGUCAUCCUCCAGCGGUGGCUCGACACGCCGCGCCCCCAGCAGGACCUGCCGGCGGCCGAGAUCGAGAACUUUGCUGCAAAGUACAUCCUCCGUACACAGGGCCAGAGCCUCGACGCCCGCCGCGCCGCCACGCGCAAGGUCAUGCAGUCGGCCAAGGCUGCUACGGGGCGAUUCUAG